CAGAAUCUUCGAAUUGAGAGCGUCACACAACGCCAUCGGCCGGUCGGGUUUCCCGGCCAUCUGCCGCCAGCCUACCUCGUCGUCCAUUUGACCUGGGAUCCCCCGCGUCUCAGCUCCGAUCCUGGCCUGUCGUCCGAGGUCAGCAGUCUUGUCUACCAGGUCAGUCUGCUUCCGGUAGGCCCUUCCGACCUCCUCCGCGACGCCAGAGAGGCUCUCGAAGCGGCCCAUCUUCUUCCCGCCAGACAGGCCUCGCCGAGGAGCGCCGCCGGUACAGCCCUCGGACCUUCGUCGGUCUCCUCCUCCUCCUCAUCUUCAUCUUCAUCAUCAUCAACAUCAGCAGAAUCGUCGUUGGCAGGCGUCUUCCCGUUCUCAGCCUAUCACUACGCCGAGGCCGGUUCGGAGAUGGGAGCCGGACCGGGCCGGUCGGUAGGGCUGGGAGACGAGACCAAAGAGGCCGAGGAGGAGGAAAAGGCAGUCCUAUUGGACGACACGAGUCUGGUCGCUCUGCGGAGGCUGGAUCCGAUCGAGAUCCCCUUGAGCGUCCGGCCGGAAUGGGAGUUUCUGAUCGGUCGGACGUUGGCCAAUGUGACGGGCACCAGUUUUCAGUCGUCCGAGGGCGAUGAGAUCGCUGCCGGUCGAGAAAGUAGCGCAAUUGUGGGCAACUUCUCGCCUCGUCAAGAGCCUGUCUGGACAAAACGACACGCGAUAUUAUGCGAUAUUUCCUUUUUAUUCCGCCUUAACUCACUUAAAAUGGCAAUUUCGGUUGACGAUUUUCGCAGAGACCCCAUUUUCUGUGUGGAGUGUUUACAGACUCGUCGUUUUUCGCAUGGUCGCUCGCCUCUCACUCGCGCGUGGAGGAGUGAGUGCAAGUUGGUCUUCACGGAUGACUACGUGAAAAGGAAGAAGCACGGCGAGUGUAAAUCCACUCAAUCUUGGAUGGAAAAGGUCAAGUUCGGAGUCUGGAAAAGGAGAGUUAGCGAGAAGAGUGGUUGCUUGAUUAGCCUCGAAUCUGAUUUCGGCUUGCCUCAAGGUCCAAUGUGGCCGAAUCAGGCAUCGUUCUUGCCCGACUUUUCAAAGGAGCCUAAAGUUAGAACAACUGAAGAUCGUUCAAAACGCCUUAUUCUCUCGUGGAAU